GGCGGGUAAGCAGGCGGUCCAGAGUUUAAAAUUGAAAGACCGCGCGGCUGGGGAGCGGCAGACAGACGAGCGGUGGGUUAGUUCUUUCCGGACGGGUCGAGUCAGGUGGAGACGGCGGCGUUCCUGGCCGCACAGGUCUGGGAGGCUUUUGAAGGGUUGUGGGGCUUCGCCGGUCGCACGCGCGCGGUGAAGGAAGCGGGCCUAGGCCUGCCGCCGUGUGUCCACAGCGCCUCGAAUGCGGGCCUCCGCUGUUAGCCGCGGGGUUCGGGUUCCGGCGCUGGUCCGUCCCGCCCCCACUCCCCUUUUCCGGCUUGCAGGGGUAGGAGCGGACCGAGCUGGCCGCUUGGGGUCCAAUGCAGAAAACCAAGGUGGUCCCCCAACUUCUUAAGAGUCUCAGUCUCCUUGCCUGUGAGCAGAUCCCGACUGGGUCCUGUUAGAACAUGAUUUGAAGCUUCUUCAUGCAACCUAUUUUGAUCAUAUUCUUUCCUUUCCCCCACCACCCUUCAUGCUAUUUCCCUCAGAACAGAUUAAUGCACAUUCACCUCAGUUAAGCCCAAAUUGGCUUGAAUUAUCCUGCUGCUAACUACCAGAAUCGUCCCUAAAACAAAAUGGGUGAAGACGAACUGACAUUCUUCGAUAAAAGCAUAAAUGAAUUUGGGGAUAAAUUCAGAACCAGACUCAUCGAUAAUCGUAGUCAGGUGCAGGGACUUAGAGAUGCCUUCAAGGACUCCAUUAGAGUGCUUUCAGAAAAGCUGUCUUUGAAAUUAAAGGAAGAAGAAAGGAUGGCUGAGAUGAUUCUGGAAUAUAAAAAUCAGCUCUGUAAGCAGAAUAAACUCAUUCAAGAAAAGAAAGAUAAUGUGCUAAAGAUGAUUGCUGAAGUAAAAGGCAAAAAGCAAGAGUCAGAAGUGCUGACAGCAAAUAUCCAGGAUCUUAAGGAAGAAUAUGCUAGGAAGAAGGAAACCAUUUCCACUGCUAACAAAGCUAAUGAAGAGAGAUUGAAGCGGCUGCAGAAAUCAGCGGAUUUGUAUAGAGAUCGCCUUGGACUAGAAAUUAGAAAGAUUCCGGGUGAUAAGUUGCAGUUUAUAUUUACUAGUAUUGACCCUAAGAAUCCUGAGAGCCCAUAUAUGUUUUCCCUGAGCAUAAAUGAAACUAAGGAAUAUGAAGUGUUUGACUGUUCCCCUCAUCUUGAGUGCCUAGAAGAAUUUCAGGAGAAAGUAAGGAAGACCAACAAUUUUUCAGCCUUUCUUGCCAAUGUUCGGAAGGCUUUUAUAGCUAAGGUUCAUAAUUGAUAUAGGUUUGUUCUUUGUUACUGUAUAUAUCCUAAAGGAAUUCUCAUCUCUUGCCUUUGUCAUUUUUCUCUAUUUCUGUGUGGUAUGAAAGAAACUAGAAUACAUCAUCUCAAACCAUGCCUCUUUGAUAUAACAUUUGUGAGCUGAAAACAGUUAAGAAGCAGCAUGGUUAGAAAAACUUUGCCCUUCCCUAGUCUUCCUAAACAUGGGACCUAGAUUAUAGAGGUAUCUAGCUCUAUACCCACAAAAAAGGAUAGAAGUUAGUUGCUUACCACUUCAGACAUGGCACCAGAGGAAUUAACAAACCUUGCUUUAUUAAUUUAUUCCUGUAAAUAUAUUCUUCAUAAUUCCCAAUCUGUGGAAGUCAAAAGGUAAAUCUGCUGUCUGUCUUGUCAUGUUGUAAAAUCCUUCUAUUCUCUAUUGAAGAUAUGUAAACCUGACUAAGCCACUGUUUGGAGUUCUCUUCUGUUGGGGUUCUCUUGUACAGUGUGCAAUGCAUGUGUUAAUAAACUUGCUUGGUUUCUCCCA